GCGGUAACUGUAGCAAUAUCAGCCCAGGUGUAUCCAUCCGGCCCAGCGGUGUAACAGUAUCAACCCGGACUAGUGUAUCAAUCCCGGCCCAGCGGUGUAACAAACCCGGACUAGCGGUGUAUCAAUCCCGGACUAGUGGUAACAGUAUCAACCCGGACCAGCGGUGUAUCAAUAUCAAUCCGGACCUGCGGAGUAUCAGUAUCAACCCGGCCCAGGUGUAACAGUAUCAUCCCGGAGUAGUGGUGUAUCAAACCCGGCCCAGCCCGGACCAGCGGUGUAACAGUAUCAACCCGGCCCAGUGGAGACAACCCGGCCCAGUGGUGUAACAGUAGCUGCCCGGUGGGGGUCACAGCAGCCCAGGCCAGGCCAGCGGCGGAGGCAGCAGCCCCAAGCAUCAGCUCAACAACUACACGCAUCGGGCAUCCCCAAUCCUGCGGCAUUGCGGAAACGCCUGGCCAAAACCCCCCACCUCUUGACAACUGUCUGCCCCCCCCCUCCCCCUUCCUGCAUGAAAACCAUCCCCAGCUGUGAAACAAAGGGGGGGCCAUUGCAUCAGAAGGCAGCCACGGAUACAAUGCCCAGGGAGUUAACGAGGAACCCCGUGCAGAAAAUCUGGAUCCCUUACAAAGACGAGCGGCCCGCUCUUCCGUCCCAAUCGUGCAUCCCACCCCUCACCAACUCCCCCACCGUCAUUGUGAUGGUCGGACUUCCGGCCCGUGGCAAGACCUACAUCGCCAAGAAGUUGACUCGGUAUCUCAACUGGAUUGGAGCCCCAACUAAAGUCUUCAACGUUGGUGAGUACCGCCGCGAGGCUGUCAAAUGGUACCGAUCGUACGACUUCUUCCGCCAUGACAAUGAAGACGCCAUGAAGAUUCGGAAACAAUGUGCCUUAGCUGCCUUGAGGGAUGUCAAGUCCUACCUCUCCGUGGAAGGAGGUCAAAUAGCGGUUUUUGAUGCUACCAAUACGACCAGAGAUAGGAGGGAAAUGAUACUGAGCUUUGCGGAGGAGAACGGGUGGAAGGUGUUUUUUGUCGAGUCUGUCUGUGAUGAUCCGAGUAUCGUAGCUGCUAAUAUAAUGGAUGUGAAAGUGUCCAGUCCCGAUUAUCUGGACUGCAACCGGGCUGAUGCAAUGGAGGACUUCCUAAAGAGAAUCGAGUGUUACAAAGCAACGUAUCAACCUUUAGACCCAGAUCAUUAUGACAAGGACCUGUCGUUCAUCAAGGUGAUUAAUGUGGGCCGUAGGUUCCUGGUGAACCGGGUGCUGGAUCACAUCCAGAGCAAGAUUGUCUACUACCUGAUGAACAUCCACGUCCAUCCUCGCACCAUCUACCUGUGUCGCCAUGGCGAAAGUGACUACAACCUGAAGGGGAGAAUCGGCGGCGACUCUGGCCUCUCGUACAGAGGGAAGAAGUUUUCCUCGGCAUUAAGAACCUUCCUGGAGGAGCAGAACAUAAAGGAUCUGAAGGUCUGGACCAGUCAGCUGAAGCGGACAAUCCAGACUGCGGAGGUCUUGGACGGGCCGUAUGAGCAGUGGAAGGCACUCAACGAGAUCGACGCGGGUGUCUGCGAGGACAUGACUUACGAGGAGAUAAAGGAACGACACCCGGAGGAAUACACGCUCCGUGAGCAAGACAAGUACUACUACCGAUACCCGACGGGAGAGUCCUAUCAGGACUUGGUCCAACGCCUGGAGCCUGUUAUAAUGGAGCUGGAGAGACAGGGCGAUGUCCUGGUCAUUUGUCACCAAGCGGUCAUGAGGUGUCUCCUUGCGUACUUCCUGGAUAAAAGCGCAGAUGAGCUGCCCUAUCUCAAGUGCCCCCUUCACACCGUGCUGAAGUUAACUCCAUUUGCUUACGGGUGCAAGGUGGAGUCCAUCUUCCUCAACGUAGAGGCUGUCAACACACACAGAGACCGGCCGGAGGACGUCGGCAAGAAGGGAGCAAACCCUCUCAUGCGGCGCAAUAGCGUCACGCCUCUGGCCAGCCCCGAACCCAACAAAAAGCCGCGCAUCGAAGGGCCAGACGACCGCCUGGCCUCCUCCUCCUCCCUGGCCACUGCCCUCUGUCUGGCCUCCGACGGCUCCACUCCCCUGCCUGGACAAAAUGUAAGCAAGUUGCCGCGACCUUCGGAUGCCGUGACCAUCUCCGUCCAAGAAUGAAUCAUUUUUAAAAAUUAAAUUUCGGGAGUGGUUGUAUUGUUUUUUU